CAGACAGUCGUACGGAGGACUCGUAGUGGAUCGGACGUGUUGCGGCGCGACGUGUAAGUAGUAAACUCCGUUCUCUUGCAAGUCUCGCGUUCACAGCGGGCGGUUCGUUGUACGGAGACACAUAGGAGGACUUGCGCACGGAGUACCGUGCGCACGCUUUAGACCAGUCUCUAUCCACUUGGCUCGUCGGUCAGCGUUAUUCGCCUUUUCGCCCGCGUUGGCUGCAGCUAUCAUACACGCAGGCCGCGCGUAUACACGUCCGUGUCGGGGAAAUGGAGCUCGAGCAGGCGGCACCGCAGGUGAACGCCGACCCGGAGAAGAGGGCCAAGGAGAGCGGUGGCGUCUCCGGGAAUCAUAGCGAUCAUAUCAAUGGCAUGUCCAAUGGCUUUGAUAAAAAAAGAGAACACAAGUCUGAGCACAGAGACAAGGAUAAAGAGCGGUCUCAUAAAUCUGAUCACAAGGAUAAGGACAGGAGUAAGGAUAAAGAAAGGAAUCACAAGAGCGAACACAGAGACAAGGAUAGGCAUAGACAUAGCUCCAGUUCUGUUAAGGACAAAGAAAAGCAUGAUAGCAAUAGCAAGGACAAAGACAAAGACAAGAAGAGUUCCUCUUCCAGCAAGGAUAAGGAGCACAAGAGUAGCUCGUCCAGUAAGGACAAGGAUAAAGACAAGAGUAAGGAACAUCAUCACAAGUCAAGCUCCAGUUCUAAAGACAAAGACAGACAUCACAGCAGCUCCAAGGACAAGGAUUCGAAGAGCAAAGAUAAAGAUAAGCACAGACACAGCAGUUCUUUGAAUUCUAGCUCACGUGACAAGGACAAAGAUCGAAGCAUCUCGAAGGAUAAGGAAAAGGAUAGCAAGAAGCACUCUUCGGAGAAGGACAAGGAAAGACAUUCCACUUCUCAUUCGUCGGGUGACAAAGAGAAACAUCGUUCAUCGGAGAAAGACAAAGAUAAGCACAGAGAAAGCUCGUCUAGUAGCAAAGAUAAGCAUCGCCAUGAAAAAGACAAGGAUCGCCAUCGGCAUGACAAAGACAAAUCUAAGCAUCGCGACGAUAAGGAGAGGAAGGAUAAAGAUAAGGAGGAAGUUAGGGUGAAGGAAGAGCCGAAUAUGAAAAUGAAUCAUGUGAUUAACGAAGGGUUUCAUUUUAAUCCGCAAAUUAAAACAGAGAUAAAAGAGGAAUCCAUGACGCAAAUUGAACCAGAUGACGACGAUGACAGUGGCGGCGAGCGACCGCUCUACAUCAAAGAGGACGACGAUGAUGAACCAAUGAAGGAGGAAGGUGCGAGUGAUGACUCGAUGAAUGACACCAGAUUGUCGCAACUUCAUAAUACGACCAUAAAAACGGAAGACGAUUCGGAAGAAGAUUUGCCAUUGUCUGCGAGAUCAAAGGUAUCGCCAAGUGUGAAGAGAAAGAUCGAGUCAGAGGAAGAAGAUGUUCCACUGUUGGCACGCAAGAAACCUAAGAAAUCAACCACUCCGAAGACCAAGAAGAAGAAGAGAAAACACGAUGACGAUGAUUCUGAUGCUGAGAUUGAAGAGAAACCAAAGAAGAAGAACACGAAGGUGAAAACAGAAGGCGGCAGUCCGCGGAAGAAGAAGCAAGAAGACGAGCAAGAAGUUUGGAAAUGGUGGGAGGAAGAGAAGAAGAGUGACGGUACAAAAUGGAAUUUCUUGGAACACAAGGGACCAGUAUUCGCACCGCCCUACGAACCUUUGCCACCCACCGUUAAGUUCUACUACAACGGCAAAGAAAUGAAACUGAGUCAAGACACGGAGGAAGUUGCAACUUUCUACGCUCGUAUGCUGGACCACGAUUACACGACAAAGCCUGCGUUCAAUAGCAACUUUUUCCAAGACUGGCGGGAUGUGAUGACCGAGUCGGAGCGCGCCAAGAUCAUCGAUCUAUCAAAAUGCAACUUCAAAGAUAUACACUCAUAUUUCUUGCAAAAGAGCGAAGAACGUAAGGCGAUGACCAAGGAGGAGAAACAGAAAAUCAAGGAGAAAAACGAUGAAAUUCAGAAGGAGUACGGUUUCUGCGUCAUCGACGGCCACAAGGAGAAGAUAGGUAACUUCAAGAUUGAGCCGCCAGGUCUGUUCAGAGGUCGCGGCGAGCAUCCCAAGAUGGGCAAGCUGAAGAAGCGCGUGGUGCCGGAAGAUGUUCUGAUUAAUUGCUCGAAGACCUCGAAUAUACCGAAACCACCGCCCGGUCACAAGUGGAAGGAGAUACGACACGAUCCCAAUGUCACAUGGCUUGCGUCCUGGACGGAGAAUAUCCAGGGUCAAGUGAAAUAUGUCAUGCUGAAUCCGUCCAGCAAGCUCAAGGGUGAGAAGGACUGGCAGAAGUACGAAACGGCGCGCAAGCUCGCGCAGUCAAUCGACAAGAUUCGUGCGGAAUACCGCGAGGAUUGGAAGAGCAAAGAGAUGCGCAUCAGGCAGCGCGCCGUCGCCCUGUACUUCAUCGACAAAUUGGCGCUUAGGGCCGGUAAUGAGAAGGACGAGGAUCAGGCAGACACUGUGGGCUGUUGUUCGCUGCGCGUGGAACACAUCCAGCUGCACGAACAUAAGGAUGGCAGAGAAUAUGUGGUUGUGUUCGAUUUCUUAGGUAAAGAUUCAAUACGAUAUUAUAACGAGGUUCCGGUGGAGAAGCGCGUCUUUAAGAACUUGCAACUCUUCAUGGAAAAUAAAUCACCCGGCGACGAUCUGUUCGAUCGGCUCAACACCACCGUGAUGAAUAAGCAUCUGAAUGAGCUGAUGGAGGGUCUCACUGCCAAAGUGUUCAGGACUUACAACGCUUCGUGGACGCUGCAGCAGCAGCUCGACAAACUGACUGAUCCGAACGACAUGGAAGCGGAGAAGAUCCUCUCAUAUAACCGGGCGAAUCGCGCAGUCGCCAUACUCUGUAACCAUCAGCGUUCCGUGCCAAAGACGCAUGCAAAAUCUAUGGAGAAUCUAAAGGCCAAAAUCGAAGCGAAGAAAGAAGCAAUAGCCGAAUGCGAGUUGCAAGUGAAAGACGCCAAACGGGACGCGAAGCACGGUUCGGUGAAGGAAAAAGUAACGUACGACAAGAAGAAGAAGCAAUUGGAAAGAUUGAAGGAACAAUUGACGAAGCUGGAGGUGCAAGCGACCGACCGAGAAGAGAACAAAGAGAUCGCUCUGGGCACCUCCAAGUUGAAUUAUCUCGAUCCUAGAAUUUCCGUUGCAUGGUGUAAGAAGCACAACGUGCCCAUCGAGAAGAUCUACAAUAAAACUCAGAGGGACAAGUUCCGAUGGGCAAUAGACAUGGCCGGUCCUGAUUACGUCUUUUAACCCCGCGGGUAGUUGUCAAGUAUUGGACCAUAAAAAGGACUUCUCCCGCUGACAAUGCAUCUAGUGAAUUUUAUAUUCUAACGAAAAGCCGGGAGACUUAAAGAGAGAAAGGAAGUGUGCGUGUGAGCGAACGAGAGAGAGAGAGAAAGAGAGAGAAAGAAAAUCGUAUGAAAGAAUAGUAGAGAGAAAAUUUUUUACAUUUACGGAUAUAUAAAUGUGAGAAAGUGUGAGAACAUAUUUUCUAUAGGAUAUACGCGGCGCAUCAAAUCAUGGUGAGAGGCGACUGUAUACUUGGUGUGGUGUAAUUAAAUGCAGCAUGCAAAUUCAGUAAGUUAGUCUCAAAUCGCGCACGCGUGCGCGCGCGAAAAAUUCUUUUCUUAUUGCAUCGUCAGCUAAUUCGUUCAUGAAUGUGUAACAUCUGAAUGUAAAAUUUGCACCGGUGAUAAAGGGGCAAAAUGAUAAGUUUCGAGCAAGGAACGAGGAGCAUAGCUUCGUUUCGUUUAGAUAGAAAUUUAUUCCGAGCGCGUGGAUCUUAGGAAAGUAGCACCGAAUUUGUGCGAAUUUUGUGAGAAAGAGAAACGUCUAAAUUUUUAGGAUUUAAUUCUUGCGAGAGAUGCAGGACGAUUGCGCGUGUAUCGCGCAAAUUUCGGCGUGCGUCCGCGUGCCAUGGAGCACGCACGGAACAGGAUGUAACCGCGCUAUUGUAUAUAUAGGAGAUAUUUGUGGGAGUGCAGCACGGAGCACAGUUAACACUGCAUCGAUAUUAAGGAACAGGAAGGAAGAGGAGCCAGCUAUCCAGCGAAGGCAGCAGUUGAAUUUUAUAUUCCCUCUCGAAGGAGACAUAUACACAUACACGCAUUAUUUCUCAUAAAUGUAUGAUAAUGUCACUCAUCGCGUAUUACAAUUACAUUUUACAGUCGAUCGUGUACGAAGACAUUAAAUGUAUGUAGAGCAUAUUCGAUAUAUAGCACACUACUUUUUUUAUAUAAAUGAGACGCAGAUUAAGAAAUUAUCGCGAUAUCGAAAUAUUGCCUCCCCCCCCCCCAAUCCCUCGAAUAAAAAACUGGAUAGUAUAAAAAAAGGCGAGAUAUAUAUAUAUUUAAGUGAAUAAUUAUCGCUUUUAGCGAUUUAUGUUUUAUAAAACGAUGUCUAGGCUAUAAAAAAAAUAAACGACAAACGCAUUCUUUAA